CUUUCUAUUCAAUGUGGAUACACCACAUUCUAAACUACCAACAACUAUUUGAAAAGUAUCAAGGUGAUCUUCAUUGCCUGGUUGAUGGAAGGCAAAACACAGCGCUCCAUAUUCACUCCAGAACCGGAGGACGCCAGGUAGUCAAAAAUGUUAUCGACAAGUGCCCAUCACUGCUACUGCAACCCAAUGCCAAAGGAGAAAUUCCAUUGCACGUAGCAGUUAGACAUGGUCAUUCUGAUAUAAUCAAAUUCCUUAUUGAACGCGCCAAAGUAUUGGAGCGUGAAGACCUGGAGAAAGCGUUGGAAGCAACCGGGAAGAAGCAGAUGCUGGGAAUGGCAGAUAAGGAGGGAAAUACUGCUUUGCAUAUGGCAGCUGAAAGUGCUAACCAUGAUGUGGUGCGACAACUGGUGGAGGAAUUAGAUCCUGACUUUUCAUCCUCUGCUAAUAAACGCGGUGAGACUCCAAUCUACAUAGCUGCCAAGGGAAGCAAUCCUUCGGUGUCUGAGAUAUUGAAUAAUUGCAAAUCAAUGGAAUGUGGCGGCCCUGAUGGUAGAACUGCUUUGCAUGCAGCAACCAUGGUCAGGAAGGAAGCCGAUCCAUCUACUGCUUAUAUAACUGAUAAAGAGAGAGGGACGACGGCUCUUCAUAUGGCAGCUUGGAUUGGCUGCACAGACAUAAUGGAAGACAUUAUCUCCUACUGUCCAGGUUGUUGUGAAAUUGUGGACAAAAGAGGAUGGAAUUUUCUUCACUUUGCAGUCGUUUCUUUAAAACCGAGAGAAUUAAAGAGAUUCUUAUUUGAUGAUAACAAUAAGAUUAAGGAUUUACCAGUUAGAAAUCUUAUAGAUGAAAGGGAUAUCAAGGGGAACACGCCUUACCAUGUCCUGCUUUUUAGGAAUUGUUAUAGUGCUAAAGAUUAUGGAAAAGUUAUUCGUAUUUUUAAACUUCAUGGAUCCGAAGGACGUUUCCACCCAUAUUCAAGUCUAGAAUCGAAGAUUAUGGAAUUUAUGAAAGAUAUAGCUAAUAAUGCAGAAGUGGCGGGGAAACCGGUUCACCGCCACUUCCGUAAGAUUGUGAAGGAGGUGGAGAAGAAGGAUAUUGCCGAACACGAAAUUGACCAAAAAUCUAGGGAGAACCAUUUACUGGUGGCAACGCUUGUAGCAACCGUAACAUUUGCCGCAGCAUUCACAGUACCUGGUGGAUACAAGACUAAGCAAGGCACUGCGACCUUGAGUCGUGACUCAGCUUUUCAAGCCUUCAUUAUAACAGAUACCUUGGCAUUUGUUUCCUCUCUUUUAGCCAUCUUCCUUCACUUUCUCUUUGUGCUUUUCUCUCCGACCAAAUUCUAUGUCCCAGUUCGUUGGAAAAGUCUGGCGGAUUGGUUAACUUUUAUGGCAAUGGCAGCGAUGGUGGUUGCUUUCAGCACUGGUACUUACGCAGUGUUGCAAUCUUCCUUGGGUUUUGCUAUCGCCACUUGUUUCCUUGGCCUCGUAUUCUUUUCCGGUACUCAUCCUCCCAACUCUAACGCCUGA